CAAUUAUUUCUCAAUGGAUCGAAGAGGCUAAUUAUGAAAAUCAGGUUGAAAAUAGUAAUGAUGAAUUGCUGCUUAAUGGAGAUUUAGAUUAUGAUUUUUUGGUUCUUUAUCCUAUUUCUGUAUCAUUAGCUGGUGGAUUAAGUGAUUUUUUAUAUGAGAUAUUUUGCUCCAUUUCUGCAUCACUGGUUGACAUUGAUCCUUUAAAAUUAGAAAAAUAA